UGACCCUACCUCCGUGUUACAAUGUGUUCCGUAUAAUACUUCCCUCUUAAAAUGCAUGGAAGGUUGAGAACAUCUUAAAAAAAUAAAACUUAUAACGUAAAGGAUGGGAGACGGCAGUGAAACUGAAAGCCAAAAGUCUUUCAAGCUGCUGGGAAUCCUUGAUGUCCAAAAUGUGCCAUGCGCCCGUGAGUCAGUGCUGUAUGGAUCAGUGGGAUCUAUAGGCCUGGGACUUCUACAUUUCUUAGCAACUAGCAGAGUCCGACGGUCUUUUGAUGUUGGAAUGGGGAUGUUUGUUUUAACAACCUUAAGUUCUUGGGUCUAUUGCAGAUACAAUAAUGCCAAUGUAAGAAUUCAGCAAAGAGCGGUCCGUGAGGGCAUAAAGAAUAAAAUUAUGUAUGAAGGCACCAGUCUGGACCCAGCAAGUAAACAAGACAGAAGUAAUCAUGGCAGCAAGUCAUAGAAAACUCAUACCUGAAACAUAUUUUAGCAUCUUUCUAGUCACCAUAUAGUCAAAAAUAUUUGCCUUGCCGAUUUUAAAUCCAUCUGAAGAACUAUAACAUCAGCAAUUUAUGCCCUUCAUCUGCUCAUCUUCCAUAUUCAGAAAGCAGUAUCAGAAUGGCCUAUAAGGAAUUCUGUCUAGUUAGUGUUAGGGGUGGUUACUGUACCAAUCUUCAGAGAAUAUAAGUUUCUGCUGCCCAUAGUCCUUGUGUCGCAGCUUAGUACAGCCAUGUAUCCUGUGACAUUAUGUAGCAGUGCACACUUGUCGUACCUUAUUCUAGUUUGGAUGUGUAAUACUGAACUUGGAGAUACUUUUGGCAGACAGACUUUGCUUCAUCUGUUUUUCCUUUGACACCUGCUUAGAACUAAAAACCCUAUGAAGCGGACGAGGCACUGUAUUUGGUGGUGAUAUAAAGUUUAUAAGUAGAAUGUACAGAUCUAAUUUUUUUUUGAAGAGUGUUCAUUGCUGGCAACUAUAGUUGUUUGGUGUUAUGUUUUUUUUUUUUCCUUUGGGAUUGUUUAAUUCACUUUAUUUGUUGACGUAAAUGAGACCAUUCUUCGUAUACUUUUCAUUUGUCAUUACACUGAUCUGGGUGACUUACAAGGAUAUCACUACUUCGGAUUGUUUGGCAGUUUUGGCUUGGGCUUUCCCUGUGCUCAGAACUAUGAAAACUAUGACAGCCUUUGUGUAGAACUGUCUGGAUAGAGGACACCUUUACAUGUAAAAUAAUACGCCAGCUUAACAUGACUGCAGUCCUGCACUAAGCUGGUAUUUAUAUGACAUUUACUGUGGUGUUGAAACCAGCAAGUGACUUUCUGUAAAGCUGUUUUUCUUUUACUGAAUAUGCUCAGUACCAAAUGUGUGCAAAGAAAGCAUGAAAAAGUACAGUCUUUAUUGUUUAAAAGCUGUAAUAAAAGUAAACAUCCUUUUGA